UUUGCAAGCCAUCACUAUAUGAGCAUUGAGUGGUCGCCACAUUACGAAAGAUGUCGUGCGCUCGUCAACAUAUCAAAUUAAAAAAAUAAACAAUCGUUUACAUUGUGGCAGUGUUUUUCUCUGGAUUGUUAACAUUAAUGUUAUCUGGUGCAUCAUGUCGAAUAGUUACAAUAUGAAGGAAUUCAGCUCAACAGCCGUCAUAACAGAGAAUGGAAUUUACCCUUCGACAAUAUCCAUCAACACAAUCAACACAAAAUGUAAAGGCAAAGGGACUGAAUUGGAAAGCGAUGGCUAUGAUCCAUUUAAGAAUAGGAAGUUGGAGCAUCCUAAUUCGGACGCGCGGUCUUUCGCCAACCUGCUCAAGUCCUCCUUAGGUUCUGGCAUCCUGGCUAUGCCAGCAGCUUUCAAAAACGCCGGAUCUGUAGUCGGUAUAUUUGGCACCAUUAUUUUGGGAUACAUUUGCACACAUUGCGUUUAUUUGUUGGUAAAAACAUCACAGGACGUAUCUAAAGUGUCAAAAGUGCCAUCUUUAGGGUACGCCGAAACAGUUGAGGCGGUGUUUGCUACGGGCCCACGACCUCUCCGGAAGGUUUCAAAAGCUUCAAGGAUAUUUAUAGACUGGGCAAUGGCUUUCACCAUUCUUGGCGCCUGCGCAGUGUAUGUCAUACUACUCGUUGAAUCAGUUAAACAGAUUAUCGACCAUUUCUACAAAGACAAUGGUAUAGAUGAGACGAUGUACUGUCUUUACUUCUUAGUGCCUCUUCUUCUAUUCACCCAAAUCAAGAACCUAAAGUACUUGGCGCCAUUUUCUGGGUUCGCCAACGUGCUGCUGGUCAUCACGUUUCUGAUCUGCUUGUACUAUAUCUGCGGAGAAUUCCCAGACGUAGCAACUAGACCGACGUCCGUUGACGUCGGGAGAUUACCCCUGUUUAUCGGUACAGUUAUUUUCGCAAUGGAAGGCAUUGGGGUGGUGCUACCGGUUGAGAAUACGAUGGCGAAACCCCAACAUUUCCUGGGCUGCCCAGGAGUCCUCAACAUUACAAUGUCAGUCGUAGUACUCCUGUACAUGUUCAUGGGCUUCUUGGGCUACAUACGUUACGGUGAUGACGCUAAAGGAAGCAUAACUCUCAAUCUCCCCACUGGAAAAGAUGAAAUUCCUGCGCUGAUGGCGAAGUGUUUCAUCGUUUUCGCUAUAUUUUUCACGUACACACUCCAGUUUUACGUGCCAAUGGAAAUAGUGUGGCGUAACACUAAGCAACACGUGAAACAACAGUACCAUAAUACUGCCCAAGCUAUAAUGCGAGCAGUCUUCUCAGCACUUACAGUGGCCGCAGCAGCAACUCUGCCGAAGCUAGAGCAAGUUAUUGGUCUGGAAGGAGCGUUCUUCUAUUCAUUCCUAGGUCUUAUUGCACCCUCCAUCUUGGAUCUCAUUUUCAACUGGGAAAGAGGCCUCGGAAAAUACAAAUGGAUCCUCAUUAAAGACGUGCUGCUAAUAGUAUUCGGGACAUUUGUCCUUAUCACUGGUGUGACGCAAAGCAUUAGAGAAAUUGUGAGGACUAUGUGAUUCUGUGAUGAAUUUUAUUUAAUUAUAAGUGAAAAUUACAGUAUUAUACUAAGUAUGAUGUGGUAAUUUUAGCCAGAUUUAUUAUAUUAUUAUU